AUGUCUGCCUCCUCCGGUCGAUCGAUCAACCUCCUGCGUGUCGUAAAGUAUCGCGAUGAUGAAGCAUGUCCACCUUGUGACUGUAAAGACGGAAUAAGCGUCGAAAGGACUGCCUGGACGGACGACAACGUAGCUCAAAGGUUUUGGAACUGCAAAAACUCCUUGUCAGCUGAAGGUCCAAAAUGUAAGGUUUUUUUUUGGUGGAAAGACGAUGCAAUGGAGGAGGGCUACUACAAACAGCAGCUUCGUAAGUUGAGGUGCGCAAAAAGGAAGACUUCAAUGUAG